AUGGAAAACACACGGGUUAUCACAAGAAAGACACCGGAGGCGCAGGGCUCGUUCAACGAGAGUCACUAUCGCGGGCAUGUCAGCGCGCGACCGAAGGCGACAACCGGGCCGGCAGCGAAGAGCUCAGCCGGAAUGGGUACAGCGGGUCGAGGUACCCAAACAAGGAAAAACGCACACCGUCCCGGCACACAAGCGCGGCAGGGACAAGCCCACCCUCCCUUCCAUCGGAGAGGUGUCCGGUGUGCCAGCAACCAGCCUUCGUGA